CGACAUUCAUAAUUUUUGCAAUAUCGUACAGCAAUGAUUUUCCAACGGAGUCAAAGAAAAUAGUAUAAAAAUAAUUUUCAUUACAUCAGAAAUCGAAUAUUUUUUGCGCAUGGCUCGAUAUUUAGCUACCGAUGACGAUAAUUUUUAUGUUGUGAUACAACAAAUGCAUAUGAUGCAUUUCAAAACAAUAACACCAUACAGUCAAGUGAAAUCACAUUGAUAUCAUAUUAUGGCAGGAAAUGAUUUGUUAAUGGACAUUGAAGCCGUAUGUCGAGUUUGCUUACAGGAUAGUGAUACACAUAUGGUAUCCAUUUAUGAGCGAGACGAGGGACAACGCGGACUAUCCAUUUGCGAGAAAAUUGAAAUUUGCAGUGGCAUACAAAUAGUGCGCACUCCUGAGCUACCAUCUCGCAUCUGCUUGAAAUGUCGCGCUUUUUUAACGCUGGCACACAAAUUUCGACAGAUUUGCCGCCACUCAGAUAGUUUCCUGCGUGAAUACAUUUGGAAAGACGUGAGAGUGGUGGACGCAGUGCACCAGGUGAUAGAAACACCAUCCACACAGACAUACGAGGAUGUUGAAGUUGAGGUACUGGAAGAAGGUGUUUGGUGCACUGAUGAAAUAAUUGUGGAACCUCCUGCUGCUCAAGAUGAAACAAAUAUCAUACUGGUGCCAACUGAAGAUGUGGUAACCACGCAUGUUGCUGCAUCCAAAUCACAUGUGUGUAACGUUUGUGGUAAUAGCUAUCCACGCAAGAGCACGCUGGACACGCACAUGCGACGACACAACAAUGACCGACCAUAUGAAUGCGAAGUCUGCAAAAAGUCUUUUCACGUAAACUACCAGCUAAUGCGCCAUAUACGCCAGCACACAGGCGCCCGACCUUAUAGCUGCGAAUACUGUCAGCGCAGCUUCACGGAUCGUACGUCUUUGGUCAAGCAUGAACGCACCCAUCGCAAUGAACGACCCUAUUCAUGCGACUUGUGUGGAAAGUCUUUCACAUAUGCCAAUGUGCUCAAGGUGCACUACAAAACGCAUACCGGAGAGAAGCCACAUCUGUGCAGACUAUGUAACAAAAGCUUUGCACGCAAUCACAAUCUGGUUGCCCACUUACAGACACAGCAGCAUAUCAACGAUCCCCGUGCCGCGGCCUAUUUACAAACUCUCAAAGCCAUCACCAAUGUAGCUGCAGAAAAUGGCUGAGAGGAUUUAGAAGUGUGCAAAUUAAAAAAAAAAAUUGAAAAGCUGGAAAGUAUUUUAGAGCGAAGAUGAAAAGCCCUAAAAUAUUUCUCUUACAGUGAUUAGUAUGAAUAGUAGUAGAAGCUAUAUUCCGACUCAUUGGUUGUGAAUAUAUUGGACUAUACUAAAUAAGUGCCCUCCUCUUUGGGGCAUCAGAAUAUGUUUAUGUUAGUCGUAUUUAAAAGGAUGUAAAUUUACAUGAUUUAAUCUUCAUUUAUUUCAACCUAUGUAGCGCUCUCGGUCUCCUUGUUAGCCAGGAACGUUACAAGAUUACAACAUCUUACCUGUUGUACAAAAAUGCCGAAAAUUGUAAUUAUGUAAUUCAAAAAUGUGCACAAGAAUCUAAUUUGAUUGGUGAUUGUAAGAAGGUGACAGAGUGGAGCUAGGAUUAGCGAACGGGGCAUAUAUAAAUUGUCUUCUUUAAAAUAUUAAAUAACAAACUGGGUUGGACUGUA